CAAACAGACUCAAGGAUACAAGAGACUGCAACCAGAGCCAGUGUUGGAGCAAAGAAGAAUCACACUGAAGAAGCUUCUCCCUUUUUUCCACAUCUUUAAAACAAGGACGUGCAGAAUCCGCAGACAGUCCGGUUGUUCAUGUAGUCAUAUGCUCUGCGUGAGAAAGUGGAGGCGUUAAGGACUACAUUUAACUGAAUGAGUUCCUGUGGAUGGACGCUGGCGCGAGGCCAUGGACCUGCCUCGACGGCUACGCUGGAUCCACAACCGGCCCUGGAGGGCACGGGCCCAUCGCAGGGAGUUCAACAGAGUUUCCUCCCGCUUCCCAGAGAUCAUGGCGGCUGGCACACACUCACCUGGAGGGCCAAGCGGAAUCAUCCGGAGUCAGUCGUUUGCUGGCUUCAGCACGCUGCAGGAGAGACGCUCACGGUGUAACUCAUUCAUAGGGAACGCUGUAGUACAGAAGAAGUCACUCACAAAGACCAAAAAGCCCCAUCUGUGUGGGCACAAGUCCAGCAGCAGCAGCUCACAUGAACCACAGCCUAAGAGAGUGGAGGAAGUGUAUGGAGCUCUGAAACAGGGCCUGGAUGAGUAUUUGGAAGUUCACCAAUCAGAGUUGGACAAACUCACCUCUCUCAUGAAGGACAUGAAGAGGAACUCCAGAUUGGGAUUGCUGUACGAUCUUGACAAGCAAAUUAAGACCAUUGAGAGAUAUAUACGACGCCUGGAGUUCCACAUAAGUAAGGUGGAUGAGUUAUAUGAGGGCUUCUGUAUCCAGAGAAGGCUACGAGAUGGCGCCAGUAAAAUGAAGCAAGCCUUUGGUGCUUCACCUUCCACUAAAGGGACACGAGAGAGCCUGACUGAAGUCAACCGGAGAUAUAAAGAAUACACGGAGAAUAUGGGCACUUUUGAGGGAGAGCUGGAAAACCUGUUAGGAGAAUUCCAUAUCAAAAUGAAAGGUUUGGCUGGAUUUGCGAGGCUUUGUCCAGGUGAUCAAUAUGAGAUUUUCAUGAGGUACGGACGACAGCGCUGGAAGCUGAAAGGGAAGAUUGAGGCAAACUCCAGGCAAAGUUGGGAUGGAGAGGAGAUGAUCUUUAUGCCUCUAAUCACAGAUCUCAUCUCCAUUAAGGUUACCGAGCUAAAGGGACUUGCCACUCAUGUUCUGGUGGGCAGUGUGAUCUGUGAGACCAAGGACCUGUUCACCGCUAUGCCUCAGGUGGUGGCUGUGGAUGUCAAUGACCUGGGCACUAUUAAACUGAACCUGGAGGUCACCUGGUUUCCAUUUGAUGUGGAGGACCUGACCUUGUCCUCAGGGAACGUGAGCAAAGCUGCUGCCCUGCAGAGACGUGUGUCAGUGUACAGCCAGGGCACGCCUGAGACCCCCACCUUCCAGGACACAGCAUUCUUUACAUGGCAGUCUCAGCCUCGUCAGGGCCACUUCUCAUUCCUGCAUACACUCAGGGACACUCUCUUAGAGAAACUCAGGCGCAGUCGUUCAUUUGGUGACCUGGCUGCACUGCGGCCUCGUCCCAGGUCCAGUUUGGAAGUCUAUUCCACAUUGCCUGAUGAUGUUUUUGAAAACGGUGGCUGUGGUGUAGCCGAAUGCAAGCGCCUGUCCUUCACCUUCUCUGACACACCAGCCUCUAGCCCAGCUCCUGGCCAUUCACAUCCUGAGAUCACCGUAACGCCUCCUGAAAGUGAUCAACCACCUCAGCUUCCUGCCUUAAAUGAUCAGCCUGGUGAGGAAGAGGACUGUGAGGAUGAGGAGGAGAGCACCAGUGUAAGUGCCAGCCUUGCGAGCGCCAGUGAGGCAGAAUCGGAGCGUGAGUGGGAGCGAGUAGAGUGUCAGCAUGGCUAUGAAUCCACAGCACCCUCGCUGUCCUCAGAAGGACAGAUCUCAGCUGUAGGGCCUGAGGAUGUGGUAUUUCUGGAGCCUGGCAGCCACGAUGAGAGCUCAGAGCUGAAGCCAGUGGAGUUGGAUGGGGAGGAAGGCAGUCUGACCAGGCAGCUGGUAAGAAGGCUUACUUCCUCUGAUAUCCUGCCUGAGCCAGCUGUUGUGAGCUGGGCUGGAGAGAGCAGCCUUGAGGAGGCUAUCCACAGCUUGCUAAUAAAGCUAGAAAGUGUGGCCCAGCGCUGUCGAGAGCUUCAGGACCUCGAACAGGAAGUGAUGAAGCUGGAGGACCUGCUCAAGUGCCGAGGUCCUGCUCACAGGAGUCGCUCCUCCAGUCUCAGCCUGACUGUGGAGAGUGCUUUAGAGAGCUUUGAUUUCCUAAACACCUCAGACUUUGAUGAUGAAGACACUGGGGAUGACAAUGCUGCAGGCUCACGCUCUGUAUUCUUUGACAUAGAAACUGAGAGAAUCGGGCCAAGUCGGCAUCCAGAGGCACGGGGUCAUCUGAGUGAAGCCCUGACAGAGGACACAGGCGUAGGUAACAGUGUAGCUGGGAGCCCUCUGCCACUUAGCACAGGCAACGACAGUCUGGAUAUAGCCAUCGUCAUGCAUCUGCAAUACUGCCACCAUCUUAUUCAGAUGUUAACUGGAGGAGGAAGCCCGUGGCAGCAUAAGGCCUAUUUGCACAAACUGUCUGUCCAAACUGAGUUGCUUGAGGAGUUAACAGAGAACAGCAUAGAGUGGCUGGGAAGCACCAGCUCAGCUGCUGAGGUGCUGCCUGGACUGGCCGAUCGAUCAGCAUUGCUUUCCCUGUGGUGUGAGUGCACUGGUUCUGGAGCCCUGUUUCACAGUACAGUGGAGCGAGUCUUGCAACACAUUCAACAACGCUUCACUGCACCACAGCAGGAGACUCACCGUCACAGCACAGACUCGGUGAUAAGAUUGGUGGUGACUGAGAUGAUAGACAGGAAUGAGCUUGCCUCCUCCCCUUCCUUUCUAUCACAAGAUGUUUUGACAGUGUUCCAGUUUUACAGCUACGCCACCAAGCACAAUGUCACAGACAUGGAGCAACACCUGCUGGAAUUAGCCAGAGAGGCGGCGUUUGCAGAGCGUCUCAGUUCCACCGACGGCGAGUGCUGUAUAAAGGAGUUGCAGGAAAUGCCGGUGACUGCUCUUCAGCCCCGUACACACACGCUGCGUGUUCUCGCUGGCCUCCUGACCUCUGAUGACCCUGACAUCACUAAAGCUGUCUCUAGUUUUCUCUCUAAUGCUGCCUCUUAUCCAAGUUUCAGGUCAAAGGCAGUGCAGUGCUACACACAAACCUUAUCAGAAGCAGGUGUAGCUGCACAGAGAGCUGCUUGUGUUGCUUUGAGCUGUCUGCAGUCUGUGGAGAGCAUCACAGCAGUUGUGAAUCUGUGUGACGCUGCCGAUGAGGAGCUCCGCCAUACUGCCAUAGAGACCCUCCUUACGUUCGGUGAGGAAGGUCGGCUGGCAUACGAGCAGUUGGACACAGUGCCAAGGGAGAUGGUGCGACUGGGUACACGUCGUAGCACUGCUGUCACCACGGCCUUCUGAGAGCAGCUCGUUCAUUGGUGUUCCUGUUUCCAUUUGUCCUACUUAUCUUGGGCAUGAGGUUGUCCUGGUGUUAAGAACUAAGGCACCGUUUAACACAAAGCCACCCUGUACCAGAGACUGAUACACAGAUCGAUUCUAGCAGUAGAUAUUUUUUUUAUAAUGAAUCACUCACAUUACUAUUGAUGUUCUUUCUGACUAGCAUUUAAUUAUUGGUUGGUACUAGUUGAGGUUCUCUGAAUUUGCACUUGUCAGAGGCAUGUACAUAGAACACAUGAUUGUCGUAUUGUGUGGCGUAUCCGACCUGAACUACCUGAGACAUGUGCUUUUCAGCUUCAGGGAUUCUGAGCGAUGUGUUUUCACCUAACCCUCAUAAUAACUCGGAGUGUAUACGUGAGUGACUAGGUCCUAACUGUGGGCAUCGUUGGAUCCACACCAUGUGGAUGCUAAUAGCAGAAGCACAUGUCUGUUUAUUUAGACCUCGCAUAACGUUUGCUUUGCUUUGCUGGUAGGCUGGUCAGCAUCGUUCAAAGCUAGACUAUAUGGAAUAGUGAGCAGUAAAGAUGGUGAUUAUGGUGGUCUGCCACUACUGGCUGAAGAGGCAAGCUUCUUUAGUGUUAUCCUUCAGAUUAAGUAUUGCAUUAUUAUGGUACGAAUGCGCGGGUGAAUGUCAAGAACAGAUACAAGUGUGUGUGUGUGUGUGUGUGUGUGUGUGUGUGUGUGUGUGUGUGUGUGUGUGUGUGUGUGUGUGUGUGUGUGUGUGUGUAUGUUUAAAUGCACUUUUUGGUAUCUCAAGUAAGCAGUCUUAAUGGAUUUACUGUGAAUUUGGUGUUAAGCUUCAAUGAAGACUGAAAGUACAGUGCUCCGUGAUCCAACUUGCUUCUGUGCCUAGUGUAACUGUACUACUGAGUCACAUUUUUACCUGUGACAGCUCAUGUUUUCAUCACUUUAUUUAUUAUUAUAAUUUUUUAUUACAUUCAGGUUGGUUUUGUUUUCCUUUUUAAAUCAUAAAAUUGCAUUAUUAUCUGCUAUAUACUAAACAUGAAAAUGUUUUUCCUUGGUAUUUGUGAUUACUUUCUGCAACCACUCACAGUCACAUUUUAUGUGUUAAUACUGUACACUUUUAAGUUGUUUUAUUGAUCACGUGAUAUCUUUUACUAUUUACUAAUGUUCUUAGUAAGCACUGAAAAGGUUUGUUUUUAGUGUUUAUAUUCAUUUAUGUCCUGUUUUUUUUUUUUUUCUUUUCUUCAGUCACAUACUUCACAAUUUUUUUUAAAGCCAUAAAUCACCCAAGAACUAUAUAUAUGACGUGUUUGUUUUGUAACCGAUCACAGAGCUUUGUAAAGUUGGCCUAUUUUUGCAUAUUAGAUAACAUUGCCUUUUUUUUUUUUUUUUUGUUGUGUCUGAUACACAUUAUUAUCAUUUCCACAGUAUUUUUGGACUUGGCCAUUAAGGAACCAGUUAAACACCAGACUCUGAGGGGGAUUUUGUACAUAUAGUUCAUGCGAGUUGUGUAAUGAAUAUUGAUGUGCUUUAAUCAAAUGCGAGCUCACACAUACAACUCGAUUCGUCUUUUUUUUUUUUUUUUUUUUUUUUUUUGCAUUUUUAAUAACAAACUCCUGAGAUUCUGUUAAAUAUUUUAGUAUUAUUUUUCAUAACAGGAUUCAAAGUGAUCAAUUUUAGUUAGCAGGGUAAAGGAGUGCUGUAUCAACAGCUUUCGCACAACUUUGAUUUAAACGAAAUGCAGUAUGCACUCUGCUUCCCAAAUAUAAUGUAUAAUAUCUCUAUUCAGUUUUGUUCUUUGUGUUUAUAAUAUUCCCCUGUCUGUCUGCAAUAAAAUUUAUUUUUGGAUAAUGUUAUUUACUGAAAUAA